AUGAAAUUCUCGCUUAAAGCGUUUGCCAGUACCAUGCUUGUCAGCACCCACACGGCUGUAGAACUUGCCCUCGCAUUCCCUGUCAACUUCGCAAAUGGUCAGCUCGCCAGCCGCGUCUGCGCCUCCAGGACCUUCUGUCCGACUGUUCUGGCUGAGGGAUGGUGUGUGUCCUGGGAUACAGGAUUCGCCAUGUGCGAACAGAAAAAUGGGAAGGAUCCAACGGAGGAAUUGAGUCGCUGCAAAUCCUGCGUUGAGAGCAAUUGUGCGACGCCAGGGUGUGACGAGGUCAUGUGA